AUGAGGAUGGAAGAAGAACUGUGCACCUCAGCACUUGCCCAGGAAGAAGCAAACAGAACAGCUGGAAAUGAAUCAUUGAGGAGUGCAGGCAGAUGCCUUGGCAUGUGGGAUAAUCUUACCUGUUGGCUGUCUACUUCCAUUGGACAAACUGUUAGUGCACCCUGUCCCCAAGCCUUUCAAAUAGUCACUGGACAAACAGGGUUUAUGUAUCGUAAUUGCACCAGAGAAGGCUGGUCAGAAAAAUAUCCCAAACCAUAUAUUGCUUGUGGCUUAAAUGCCAAACAACUUAAUGCCCCUAUAACUGAGUGGGAAUCUAAGGGCAGAUGCAAGAUGAUCAUAGCCUUUGUUAACUUCUGCAUCAUGGCAAAUUAUAGUUGGCUUCUUGUAGAAGGACUUUAUCUCCACAGCCUGCUGGCCAUUUCUUUCUUCUCCGACCGAAAGUUCUUCUGGUGGUUUGUGGCUCUGGGAUGGGGUGCUCCAAAGUUAUUUGUAAUUGCAUGGGUCAUAGCCAGACUAUUACAUGAAAAUGCUGGGUGCUGGGAUAUGCAUCUUACAUAUGCCCUGUGGCUCAUUCAAGGCCCGGUGGUGGCUUCUAUUGCAAUCAAUUUCAUUCUAUUUGUUAAUAUUGUAAGGAUUCUGAUGAGCAAACUGCGAUGGCCAGAUGGAAGAGGCAAGGACUCCAGUCAAUACAAGAGGCUUGCUAAAUCAACACUUGUGCUCAUCCCUCUCUUUGGAAUCCAUUACAUUCUUUUUGCUUUUUUCCCUUUUGAUACCACAAAUGGCACCAUGGAAGUUCAAGCUCUGUUUGAAAAAGCCCUAGGAUCUUUCCAGGGUUUGGCUGUGGCUGUGCUUUACUGUUUUCUUAAUGGAGAGGUCCGGCAGGAGCUUCACAGAAAAUGGUGGCAGUGGCAUUUAAGGAAUCAUCUCGGUUCCCAUAAGCACCACAGCUCUUUGUUUCCGAAUGAAGUAAGCGGACUCACUCAAGUCUUGCAGCUGACAAAGCCUGGUUCCCAGGAGGAAAGGCGACCUUCUCACCCAAUUCUGAGCAAACUGUAA